AUGUCACCAAAAUUCUGGAUCACUGUGGUGAUCAUCUUUUACAUCCUGAACACCUUCAGCAUCUCGACCAUCAUCGAGUUGCUUCCGUUUGAAACCGCUCCGAGCUCUUCACAGCUUCAGCUGAUAUUCGCUGAAUAUCCAUGCAUGUCCGAGCUGCUACACUACCCAUUUGUAUAUGCAGCUACCAAUGGAGACUUCCCCUAUACAAAAGUGCCAAUCAUAACGCGUGAAGCCAGCAUGAAGAGGCAUCACCGUUCGUCGAUUGCUGGGGAAACGCACAAAUUUGAACACCGAUUGCUAAUUGCCUACGUCAAGGCACAGAUAAAAAGCCCGAUGCACCUCUUCGGGCCGCUAACGUUCAGA